CCAGCGCCGAGGGCACCACGCGCUGGCCCGCUCGGCUGGGCUCCGGCCGCGCGCCCAGCCAUCCCGGCCCGGCCGGCCCGCGCGUCGCCUCUUGGGGCUCCUAUCGCCUCCCUGCGCAUCGCCGCCUUCGCCCUCCCGAGCGCUCCGGGGCUCCGGCCGCCGCCUGGCUGAGCCCAGAAGCAGCCGGGCCGUGGCAGCGGGCCGGCCGGGGCUGCGGGAGAGUGGGCCCGCGGCUAUGAAGUGGCCCCCGAGGGCACGGAACCGGAGAACGCCUCAAGAGAGAAGCGCGCGCAUCGCAGGGCAGCAGCUCUGGGUCGCUGGGGCCAGGGCAUAGGACUGUCACCCGCUAUGGACCGCGCCAGGGAUGAUAUGGACUCGCUGCUGCAGGUAUCAACCUCUGAAGGUUCCUGACCCUGCCCUGGACUACUGCCCCUUCGCAGACUCCCAUCAGGCUGGACUCUGCAAACUUGCUUCCACAAUGGGUAAUGAGGAGCUGUGGGUGCAGCCAGCCUUGGAGAUGCCGAAGAGACGGGACAUCCUUGCAAUUGUCCUCAUCGUGCUUCCCUGGACACUGCUCAUCACCGUCUGGCACCAGAGUAGCCUCGCACCUCUGCUUGCUGUGCACAAGGGUGAGCCCACCCCACCCCCACCCUGGCCUGGCUUUGAUGAGGGAAGUGAUCCCCGCCAUGAGGCACCACCCGGUGCGGACCCUAGGGAGUACUGCAUGUCCGACCGUGACAUCGUGGAGGUGGUGCGCACAGAGUACGUGUACACGAGGCCGCCACCGUGGUCCGACACGCUCCCCACCAUCCAUGUGGUGACGCCCACCUACAGUAGACCGGUGCAGAAGGCAGAGCUGACGCGAAUGGCCAACACAUUAUUGCAUGUGCCCAACCUUCACUGGCUAGUGGUGGAGGAUGCUCCACGCAGGACACCCCUCACAGCGCGCCUGCUGCGCGACACUGGUCUCAACUACACACACCUGCAUGUAGAGACACCACGCAACUACAAGCUGCGAGGUGAUGCCCGAGACCCUCGCAUCCCACGUGGCACCAUGCAGCGCAACCUGGCCCUGCGCUGGCUGCGGGAGACCUUCCCACGGAACUCCACUCAGCCAGGAGUAGUGUACUUCGCGGAUGAUGACAACACGUACAGUCUGGAGCUCUUUGAAGAGAUGCGCAGCACAAGAAGGGUGUCUGUGUGGCCUGUGGCCUUCGUUGGUGGCCUUCGGUAUGAAGCCCCACGGGUGAAUGGUGCAGGGAAAGUGGUUGGCUGGAAGACGGUCUUCGACCCCCACCGGCCCUUUGCAAUAGACAUGGCUGGAUUUGCUGUCAAUCUCCGGCUCAUCCUGCAGCGAAGCCAGGCUUACUUUAAACUACGUGGUGUGAAGGGAGGUUACCAGGAAAGCAGUCUCCUUCGAGAACUUGUCACCCUUAAUGACCUGGAGCCCAAGGCAGCAAACUGUACCAAGAUCCUGGUCUGGCAUACACGAACAGAGAAGCCAGUGUUGGUCAAUGAGGGGAAGAAGGGCUUCACCGACCCCUCAGUGGAGAUCUGAAACUAAAGAUGCAGGAACCUCGUUCUCAGACCCUGAUCUUGGCCUUCCAUCCUCUCCCAUGGCUGAUAGUCACUCUGAGACAGACUCCAGAGGAACACCUCUUGUGUAUUCUGAAGGCUUUCAAGAGAGCCCAGCUUGAUGCCAGGAUAAAGGACAGAGAAUUUAAGCACAGAAUCCCAGACCUGUGGUCCUCUACAUCAACAUGGCCAGGGGCUUAAAAGACCUGAGAGCUGGGGAUUCCAGUUGCCAGCAAAGCCUGUGCUCAGCACAUCUCCUGGGAAGCUUCCUUCAUUGAUGAGGCUGUGUGAGCAGGGGACCCUGCUUUGGAGUGAUGCUGGGGUGAGGGAGGUCAGAAAACCCCACUGUUGAGUACAGCAUGGCUCUCCAUGGCUCCCUGCUCUUGGGCCCAGCAUGACUACACAGCAUGUGCCCAGCCAGGACAUUCUGAAGACCAGAGAGCAGCCUGGGGCAUGAAGAUGCCCCAACACUCCUCUUUCACACCUGCUCUUCCUCAGAGCUGCUCCCAAAUCAGAAAUACCUCUGGCUCUCCUCUGGUUCAUGUUUACAGGGCAUAAGGCUGUCUUGGAUCCCACCUGGCACCCAGCCCUGCACUGGGGGAGCCUGGGCCUACCUACAGCUUCCCCUGUACCUCAGGCUGUAGGAGAACAAAGCCCUUUCCCAUGUCCCUCAAGCUGCCUGUGCCAGAAUCGGCAAGGUGGUGGGCCUAGAGCCAGCACGGGUCACAGAUGGACCUGGAUUAAGAACCAAGUCACCCCAAUGUCCAUACUGCCUCUCCAAUACCCCUGGGCUGCAAUGCCCCUUGCUGGGUUUGGAUUGAGGAAGCAAUAGCCCUCUUCCUAAAACCCCUGAGAAUCACAGAUCUCAGGGCUGGAGAUAACAGUAAUAAACAGUCAGAGCUCUUCCUGAAAAAAGUAUGAGGUCCAGUCAUCCCAGCCCUUUCCUGAUUCUGUGAGGGGUGCAUUAGCAUGGGCUCAAGGUAAAGAGCAGGAAAUGUCUAAACACUGAAAGGAAGGGAGACCUGGGCACAUACUGCUUUGGAAAUCACUCUAUCUCACACAAAAUGGGAAAGCUUGCAAAGCCAGCCUGCCUCGCUCGUGCCCACUGCCCCUUCUCCACCCCAGACAGAACAGUAUGCUCCUGCUGUUGCACCUACCCAGCCGCCCAAGAGAAGCAUCUGCCUGGGUGGUCAGCAUCUGAGAGGCUCCUGGUCCUGGCUACAUGGGGCCCUCUGGUGGUAAUCUCACUCCAGCUCCUACAAGUUGGAAGCACAAUUUUCCUCCCAAGUGGGGGAAGGAAAGGGCGCAAGCCCACUGAAGAGGCAUUUAUUUUUUAACUGCUAACAGCUCCCCACUCCAUUAAAACUCAUAGGACAGGCCCGGGAGUCAUCAGAAUCCACUCUUGGGUGGAUGAGCCUCAGUCCACACAUCUAACUUUCAGAGAAUAGCAGCAGCUGCCUAUUUUGAAAUGGAUUUAACUUCUCACAGCCUUCAGGAAACCACCUGAUGGGAUCAGACCCCACAGCCACCCUGUAGGACAUCUCCCCUAACCAUUUACACUUUGGAUAUUGUUUUGGAAAUUUACCCCUUGGUAUCAAAUGAAGGGCACAGGGAAUCUAUCCGAUGGGUGAAUUUAUGUCUGGGCACCUUGCUGCUCAUUCAUAGAAACUGCCAGUGAAUGCCAAGGUCAAACGGGCUGCUGAGGCUGCCUUCUUAGCCAAACUCAGUGCUCUUUUUAGGAAAGUGAAAACAAAACAAAAAACAAAAUAGGAUUUUUAUUUUUUACUUUUUGGCAGAUGCUACUUCAGUUGUUUUCAUGUAAUGUCCUCUCUUAGCUGCAUGUGUAUUUAUUUAAAAUUACAAUCCUGGUGGACUGCGGCCUUCAUCUCUGUUGGGAAUGAGUUUGUUGCAAAUCAGAACUGGGUCCAUGAUGACAGCUUGCCCUCCAAACCCAGGCUGUCCCCUACUCCCUCGCUGGAAAACACGACCGCAGAGGAGUGAAGCCAGGGGUUCAGGAGCACCAUGGGCAGAGGCUGGUGUGAGGGCGGAGCCCAAGCUGCUGUGCCAUCUGGUCUGUUUUUAUUUAACUGUAUUUAAUUUGUUUUCAAAAUUAAAAGUCAAAUAUGGUUUUUAACAGUUGUAA